UCAUCCACACUUCUCCGACUUUCCAACGUCCAUUCAAGCUCCCCGUCGACUUCUUCUAUUCUCACCAACGACGUCUCACAAACAUCUAACCUAUCCUCCACCCCCUUCGGGUGUCCCCCGAAAUGCGACUAUCCUCUCGAUGAGCGUGAGCCAGUCGUUAAAAUUUUGCGGGUGUCGUAUCAGCGCGGUGGGGUGCAGGUGGGAGUAUAAUUGUGAGUGUGAGGUGGAGAGUGUGGAUGAGAGACCGGAGAGGAGAUGGAAGUAGUGGAAGAAUUCCCAGUAUUGACGAUCCGGAGUGGAUGGGCGUUGAUGUUCGUGAGCUGGGAUUGUCUCCCGUAAACUAUUCACCGAUGUGUUGUCUUAGCUAUCAAGAGGACGGAGAAGGUGCCUAGGUGCGGCGAGGGACGGACGAACUAUAGAUGUGACGAACGAUUCUUGAGCGGUGUAUUGACGGUUGCUACUCUUGUAC